AUGGACACAGAAAAUAAGAGCAGAGCAGAUCUUGCGCUCCCAAACCCACAAGAAUCCCCCAGUGUGCCUGACAUUGAGCUCUUGGAAGCAUCACCUUCUGCUAAAGCUCUGCCAGAGAAGCCAGCACCACCCCCACCACCACAAACAUGGCAGGCACUUUUGAAGAAAGAUUUGGAGUUCCUGGGGGUAACACAAAUUCUGGUUGGUGUGAUAUGCCUUUGUCUCGGGACAAUUGUCUGCUCAGCAUUCCCCAUUUCCGACUUUGACGAUGAAGUCCUUCUGUCGUACAGAGCAGGCUAUCCAUUCUGGGGAGCAGGGCUGUUUGUUUUGUCUGGAUUUUUUACAGUUAGGUCCGAAAGGAAGAACACACUGUAUCUGGUGAGAGGAAGCCUGGGAGCAAACAUCAUCAGCAGCAUCACUGCAGCAGUGGGGGUCCUCCUACUGAUCCUCAAUCUGAGCCAGAACUUCACAUACAUGAACUACUGUAAGGAUCUAAAUGAGGACGACGGCUGCUUUGGGGCGUCUUUGGUCACCGAAACGGUGUUUAUGAUGCUGCUCCUCACCAUGCUGGCCUUCUGCAGCGCUGUGCUGUUCAUUAUCCAUAGGAUUGGAGAAAAAUUCAAAAGUAAAAAGGUCGCAGAUGAUCGUCUUUAUGAAGAACUAAAUAUUUAUUCACCGAUCUACACUGAGUUGGAAGACACAGAGAACACGCCGUCCCCUGUCAGUUCAUAG